AGUAAGGGGGUAGAUAAAACAGACCUUGACUAUGCCUCAUGGAGCUUACAGGCAAUAAGCAAGUGAAAAUUCAAAUAAAUGUGGAGAUACAAAAUUUAAAAGUUGCUAUGAAGGAAAAGAAGAGGGUGCUUAGAGAGAAUAAUGGGGAGACCUAUUUUAGGCUGAGAGGGUCAGGGAAGGACCCUAGGAUAUAUGGAGAAUUAGAUGGAGCCAGCCAGCCCAGGAGGCAAGAAAGAAUCUGCUAGGUCCAAGGGAGGGCACGAAGGCUAGUGCGAUAGAAAGGUCAAAAGUGAUGAAAUCUAGGAAGUGGGCAGGGACCAGUCCACAUAGGAAGUUGUAGCCCACAUUGAGGAGUUGGAAUUUCAUUCAGAGCAUAGUUGAAUGGUUUUAAGGGUUUUAGCAGGGGAAAUGACGUGAUCGGACAUAAACUUUAAAAAGAUCAUGUUGGCAGCUUCAUGAAGACUGAUGUGUGGAAAUGAGGUAGAAAUAGAACCGAAGUGACCAUUUAGAAAGCUUUUGGAGUUGCCUGAGUGGAUAGUGCUGGUGGCUUAGACUAAGAUGGGACAGUGGAAAACCAAUAAGGUGAAUGGAUUUGAGAUUAUUUUGGAGAUAGGGUGGAAUGGUUAAGAGUGUGUUUUCUAGAGCCAGACUAACUAGGUUAGAAUACUAACCUCCCUUCUUACUAGCUGUGUAUGGCUAUGGGCAAAUUAGAGUUGUUAUGAAAAUUGAACGAGUUAAUAAUGCUGGCUAUAUAUCAUCAGAGUACCUGGCAUGUAGUGGAUGCUUUUAUAAGCGUAGUUGUUGAUACUGUUUUACUGUUCAGAAGAAUAGGUGUUGGUCGUGGUUUAGAUGGGGAACUGGGCAGAGGUGUCAAAGAGAACGGCUGGAUUUCUGGCUUGAGUCCCAGCUGGGUGAUAGUGACAGGGCCUGAGAUGCAGGAAGCCAGAGGGAAGCAGGGUUUGAGAGGAAGGAAGACCAAGAUUCUCGUUGUGGACAUGUUAGUUUGAGACGUGCAUGAGCUAUCCAAGUGGAGACAUCAGGCAGCUGGAAUCUGGUGCUCAGAGUAGACUCCUGGUCCAGAUGAUAGCGCUUAAGUUCAAGAUCACACUAAAUGGUACUGUAUAAAUUUGCAGAAGAGCCAGCAUUUGGAAAUAAUUUAACCUUGUCCUGGACUGGCCAAUCUAGGAGUGAGAUAUUAAAACAACACUGCGACCCCGACUUUCCUUGGAGAGGUGGCAGAUAUGGCAAAAAGUGUGUGGAAAUUGUCAUCAAACAGACCAUCUUUUAAUCUUUCCUCCCCCUCUUACUACGGGCAUGACUAUGAAGAGUUACAAGUGAUGGUGGUUGAUUCAGUGGGUUGGAGAGGAGGAAUCACAGACAACUUUCUUUCUUUUUUUUUUUUAUUGAAGUGUAGUUGAUUUACAAUGUUAGUUUCAGGUGCACAGCAAAGCAAUUCAGUUAUACAUACAAUAUACGUAUCUUUUUAGAUUCUUUUCCAUUAUAUGUUAUUACAAGAAACUGAAUAUAGUUCCCUGUGCUAUACAGUAGGUCCUUGUUGUUUAUCUAUUUUAUAUGUAGUAGUUUGUAUCUGUUAAUCCCAAACUCCUAAUUUAUCCCUAUCUUAAGUGCCACACAGCUUGCAAGGCCAGUUUGUGAGAUGGACAACAGAGGAAAGAAUGUUUCUUGGAGCCUGAACUUCCUCAGGGGGAGGUUAAUGUAUUUUCCCUGUAAGUAAGGACCAAAGAAAUGUACAUAAGAUCCCUCGCAUAGUACCUAGCACAUGGAAGAUGCUCAAUAAGGUUUUUCUUGUGAGCUUUGGGCUCGUAUUCCUUUCUUGUCUCAACUGCAAGCAUCUCAACCACUCUGCCUGGAUCUGCUUCCAUUUUCAGAUUAAGAUGGAAACGGGGGACAGAGCAGGGCCUGGAAUAGGGUGAGGUGAGUGAGGUGCUUGCUCUGGGCGCCAGCAAACUUGGUAAGUCAGAGAAAUAUUAUUUUAAUGCAAUAUUUUAAAAAAUCAAAGCAAAUGCAAAAAAAUCCAUGGUAACAUAUAUUUUUAAUAAAGCCAGGAUAAAUAUCACUGAGUUCUCCUUUUGCCUGGGAUCUUGGCACUCUGUUUGGCACUAUGACAAAGUGAAAACAAAGAAAAAAACAGCUUCCAUUCCUGGGCUCCCAAGACUCUUUCUCAUCUCUUCCAAAGCUGGUAGCUAAGAGCCAGGCAGCAGACCUGUGCACUCCGGGGAACUCUCUAGAUGCUAAAGAACGUGUUCUAAGCUGUGCUCCUGGGUACACUUGAGACUGGGGUUUGGAGCCUUUAAGCCCAGCCACGACCCUCUUCUAUCAGGUGCAAUGUGGGAGCUGGAGCCAGGUUCCUGGGUUCGCUGCCCGCCGCCCCCAACCCCGCCAGUAAACGCAGACCCUCGUGACCCUGGAACUGUUGAGCAAACAGCAAGUGAAAUAUCCCCAUGUUCUAUUAGAGGCUUGAGUUUAAAGGUCAGCUCUGUGCUUAUCGGCCGUAAGUCUGAUUCACUCCCUAAAUGACUCUCAGGGAGUUUUGUGCUUGCAGUAUGGACUGAGAAGAUGAGCAUUUCCAUGCAGAGUGGGGAGCUGUUUGCUUUGCAAGGAGCUGUCUUUGCCAACAGGAAAACUGCAGGUCAGCAGCAGAUCUGCAGUUCCCCUCUCGUCGGCCGUCCUGCGUGGGUGCCUAGUUCCUCCCUGGAUUUCAUGGAUCGGAAGGAGAUGUCAGUGAAAAAAAGGGUCCAGAAUGAUUACUAACCCAUGACUCCCAACAGUAUGACAGAAAAUGGCCUUCCAGCCUGGGACAAGCCGAAGCGUUGUCCGGACCGCGAGCAGGACUGGAAGCUGGUGGGCAUGUCCGAAGGCUGCCUGCGCAGGAAGAGCCCCCCGGAGAGGCGCAGCUCGCUGAAGAAUGAACAGUCGUCGCCGCAUCUCAUCCAGGCGCCCUGGACCAGCUCCAUCUUCCAUCUGGACCAGGACGAUGUGAGCGAUCCGAGUGUCCCAAGUGCCCAGACCUUCCAGACGGAAGAGAAGAAGUGUAAAGGAUACAUCCCCAGUUACUUAGACAAGGACGAGCUAUGUGUCGUCUGUGGUGACAAGGCCACCGGCUACCACUACCGCUGCAUCACGUGUGAAGGCUGCAAGGGUUUCUUUAGAAGAACCAUUCAGAAAAAUCUCCAUCCGUCCUAUUCCUGUAAAUAUGAAGGAAAAUGUGUCAUAGACAAAGUGACAAGAAAUCAGUGCCAGGAGUGUCGCUUUAAAAAAUGCAUCUACGUUGGCAUGGCAACAGAUUUGGUCCUGGACGACAGCAAGCGUCUGGCCAAGAGGAAGCUGAUCGAGGAGAACCGGGAGAAGAGGCGGCGGGAGGAGCUGCAGAGGUCCAUCGGGCACAAGCCCGAGCCCACCGACCAGGAGUGGGAGCUCAUCAAGACCGUAACCGAGGCCCACGUGGCCACCAACGCCCAGGGCAGCCACUGGAAGCAGAAGCGGAAGUUCCUGCCGGAAGACAUUGGACAAGCACCAAUAGUAAACGCCCCAGAAGGUGGAAAGGUCGACUUGGAAGCCUUCAGCCAUUUUACAAAAAUCAUCACACCAGCAAUUACCAGAGUGGUGGAUUUUGCCAAAAAGUUGCCUAUGUUUUGUGAGCUGCCAUGUGAAGACCAGAUCAUCCUCCUCAAAGGCUGCUGCAUGGAGAUCAUGUCCCUUCGCGCUGCUGUGCGCUACGACCCGGAGAGUGAGACUCUAACCUUGAACGGGGAGAUGGCCGUGACGCGGGGCCAGCUGAAGAACGGGGGUCUUGGGGUGGUGUCCGAUGCCAUCUUCGACCUGGGCAUGUCGCUGUCUUCUUUCAACCUGGAUGACACGGAAGUCGCCCUCCUUCAGGCCGUGCUGCUGAUGUCUUCAGAUCGCCCAGGGCUUGCCUGCGUUGAGAGAAUAGAAAAAUACCAAGACAGUUUCCUGCUGGCCUUUGAACACUAUAUCAAUUACCGAAAACACCACGUGACUCACUUUUGGCCAAAACUCCUGAUGAAGGUGACAGAUCUGCGGAUGAUCGGAGCCUGCCACGCCAGCCGCUUCCUGCACAUGAAGGUGGAAUGCCCCACGGAACUCUUCCCCCCGUUGUUCUUGGAAGUGUUUGAGGAUUAGACUGACCGACUCAUUCUCAUAAUUCCAACAGCACUACUGGGUGUCAUGUCAUUCCAUUGCCUAGCCCUUUUUUUUUUUUUGUUCCUUUAUUUCUUUGUGUUGGGAGGGAUUGUUUGGGGGUAAAGGGAGGUAGUCCUUGGCGUAGACAUGGAUGAAAUUGCCCCUUGAAUGCGGGUACUUGUAACUAUUGCAUUUUGUUCUCCAGUCCUUUGACAUGGAUGCUUUGAAGGUUUUACAGUCGUGGAGGUCAGGUGGGGACAAUCAUUAAUUCACCAGCACCAAGCCAUCACCAGCUCCCAUCUGUCCCUGGUCAGAGACUCGAGCAAGCAAAAUGGCACGGCAGAAGACUAAAGACUUAAAACCAAGACAGUGUGGUCAUCUUGAUCCAAUACUGAUUUUUGCAAGGCUCAAGUUAGCACAGCGCAGACAGCCUUUGGUUAAAUGUGGCUUUCGGCUUCCUAGGGAAAGAUCGGAACAUAUUUUUUCUGUACAAAAGCAUGCUGUUUUCUCUCCUAGCAGCCUAACCUAGAAUGUAUAGGAAUAUAUGUUUCCCCCAAAUCAGCUGUCCUUUCACUAUAAUUUUUAUAAUCCUAUGACUUAAUUCAAAUCAUAACAAGGGCGUGACUCAAAGAUGUGCAAUGUCUGACUGGCUGAAGCCAGCAAAGAAAACGGUUUCCUCCAGUGAGCCCAACGAAAUUCAACAUCUUCACUAAUGUCAGCGAUUCAACAGUUUCCAAAAAUUCACAUAGUAUUACCUCACACUGCAAGAAGGCUUCUUACAGGUUAGGCUCAGAGAAAAUUCCCACAAGAAUCAAACCUGUUUACAGCAUGUCCUCACUGUUCGGUGACACCAGAUUCGUUACGUCCCGAACUCUUUGAAGUUCUUCAACCUGAUUGCAUCUUUGCUGAGCUGACGACAGAUCUCCCUAAGGAUUAAGUCCAAUCCAGGAGAGAUAACCAGCUGAAAUCUGAGCCUUGUUCUGGUGGAUUUCUGAGGAGAGAGGAGUGCGGUUACGUGGUACAGCGAAGGAAGCACAGAAGGACACUGCUCGAAGAGCAAGAGCUUCCUCACGUCCUGAUGGUCUGAGGUGGCUUCCUUCUGGUCAUAGCCCCCCAGGCUCUUUGUUGUACUCACAGGUGUUUCCUCGGCCCCUUUUCCCUCUGACUCUGAGGGUUGACUAUCACUAAACAAAGCCUGGUCCAGCCACUGACCCACUCCGUCCCUCUGACAGCACUGCCCUGACAGAUCUUCAACAGAAAACACCUGCAGACCAUGCACACGAACCCUCCCUCCCUCACCUUCCUUUCCCUGCCCAGCCCACCCCUCCAGUGACAAACGCUGGAGAGGUGUGUGUCCAGAAAGCAGAUGGUGCCCCUGAUCGCUUCAGUGUCAGAAAAUGGGCAAAGAAUAAACCCAUGCAAUUGAAUGUAUCUCAUUCUUCACUGGCAUGGGGGACAUAAACUGCUCCUCUGCCCGCCUUGUACUGCCUUAUCCUGGAAGUUAUGUGGGAAAAUAAGCCAUAUCAGUGAAACUUGCCUAAAAACCACAUGGAUUAAUUCUGUUUUUCUAACUGGCCCAGAAGUCAGGAUGCCUGAGUUCUAGUUUGUGCUGCCAACGGGUAGAUUUAUGACCUUGAUUCUUGGUUUUUUUUCACCUGAAAUAUGUAAGUCAUGAACUCCAAAAUCUUUCCCAUCCUUAAUAUUGUACCAAUUUCAGGAGGAGGGUAGUGGAAUCAGGUCCUUUUGAUGGUCGCUUUCAUAUUCAGAUUUGUGACUUUACAUUAGACAGAGAUUACGCCCUCUUUACAGUUAAGGAAAGUGUAUUUCUGUAUUGAUUCAAAAUCAGGAGUUGACAUAGUACUCAUCAGUUAUUUAGAGGAAGGCAGGGAGGCCUUGGAAAAAGGAGAGGAACAGCAUUAAAAAAUGCCAAGUGUGACCGGAGAUAACCUGGGAGGAAAUGUAUCUAUUUAAUGUGCUAAAGCAAUUAUACUGGCUUCUGGGGAAAGAACACAAGAACGGCGCUAUGGAACUUGCUAACCAGAGACAGGAAGUAGGUGAAGAUGUUAAAAUUGUGCGCAUGAAGUUCACGGGCAGAUAACCUGCUCUGACUUAUCUACAGACACUUUUGGGGUUGGUUUUCUCUAGCAGCCUCUUUAAGGUCCUCACUUUGGUAACAUCUCAGCUCCCUCUGUUGACUCUCCUUGGAGAAGUACUCUCUGAAACACAAGUGCUUCAGCACCAUCUCUGCCCCGGGGUAACUCUGAGAAGCUGUCCGCUGUGGGGCACAUUUUCCCUCAGAAGGAGAGGAAGGCCAGCAGGCGGGCACUGGAGGUUCAGAGACCCCUCGGGCAGCAAGUCUCCCCAGGAGAGGCUGCUCAGUUUGUUUGACAGAGAUUUCCCCGGAAUCGGACACCCCCAGAUUCAGUGUGAGUACAGAGUCUGGUCUAAAGCUGCAUCAGAAAGCCUGAGGGAUGAACCAUGAUUGGCCACUGGCCAAAUGGCAUGGCAGACCUCUGAUGACCCAGCCAGCCCCAAAUGCGUGUAUGGGUCCUCGCCUCCUUACAUGAGUGCCUGAAACAGGCAAACUGUGGAUCUCAAAAUCUUGUUGAAGCUGGCUAUCUCGUGCUGAAGAGGACAAGCCUUAAAAGUACUUCAGGCUGAAAGGAAAGGCUGUAAGGACUGAAAGGAUCACAGCCCCAGUGGUCAAAGUGACUCAUUCCUUCCAGAACUGACUGAGGUACUCAAUGCAUCUCAAGCCUCCAUCCCAUUAGACGCGAUCAGGAGAGAUUUGCUCUGGAUUUUUUUUUAAUAUGUUUUCCUAUGUUGUCCAGACUUUCAAAUCAAACGUGGACUGACUGAAACCCCUCACCGUGGGGAGACAUCCUAGCAGAAGAGAACACGCCGUACAACUGGGAUUCCUAUUUAUAAAUCACUUACCUUUUGGGGAUGAGUGGUGUAUGUGUGUGUUUGUGUGUGUGUAUGUGUGUGUGUAUGUGUGUGUGUGUGUGUGUGUCCCUCAAGUGUACUUUGCUCUUCAAUUAGAUGUGCAGUGUUUCUAGAAAUAGUGAAAAAAGUAAGAUCUUUUCGUCUUUAUGAUUCUGCUCAAAACACCACGUGCCGCCUCCGAGUUUCUCCUAGUCAAAGGAGCCUCGGUCUUCAAUGACACACUUGCCGUGUUGAUGCCUCAGCCCAGUGAUGCCCCUCACCUGUGCCCUAGUGGCCCCUCCUCCCUCCUGCAGUGCAGCCAUCCAGGUGGACUGCCAGCCCGGCUCUGCUCCGGCAUCACCUGCUCCCUGCCCUUCCGUGAACAGGUGGGCAGGCCUGGCCCCUCCCUCUUCGACACUAAGUCCCCUGCAGACGCAGCCUCCAUGAACUGCUGACGCCCUCAAAGCAUGUCACUGUCCAUGACCCAUUUUUAUUCUGCGGAACUCUAACCCCUUUGUGUCACGUUGACCUUUUGCUGCAUGAGUCAUAAGAUAUGACAUUGGUCUUAACGGUUUUUGAAAUGUAGCCAGCAUUUGUAAGGCUAAACCUUUUUCAUAAACUGAAUGGCAGUGAAUAACCAAGUCACAGUUCCUCUUCAAAAGGACAGUGCUCACAGACAUUUGAAUUUCUUUGCCUCUUUCCAGUGGCUAUGGCAUCAGGUUCUAAAAUAAGCUUGUAAUUUUUCCUGUUAUUUUAAUAAUAUGGAAAUAUUAGCAUCGUGUUUCUUUUGAUAGUGAUAGACCAUAAUCCAUAUUUAAAUUUUAUAGAGAAGAAAUUUUAUUGUACUGUGAUGUAGAUAUUUAUUAUCCAGGUAAGGAUUUGCCCGGUGUGUAUUUUUUACAAUGGAAACAUUUUACUUUAAUCUUUAAAAAAAAAAUACAUUAAAAACACACAUACACAAAAAAAAAAAAAAAAAGAGACUAGGGGGAAAAAAAGGUUUGGCCUUAUCACAGAAUUUUUACUGUGCUGUACAAAUGUUUGCAAAUGCAAAAAGUGUGCAUUUCUAGUGUGUUUCUACCUUAAUUAACGCCGCCUUCCAGAGCAAUAUCGUGCAGGUAAAAUGCUGUCUGUGGCUUUCUGUUGCACAGUUAAAGCUGACCCACCUUAUGCACAAGACAAUCAGAUAUAAAUCUGUCCUCAGGAUGCGGAUAAUACGCAUGUAAAUUACGGAGCACAAUGUAAGAUGAAAGAAGACACUUUAAUUACAGGUGUAUUGCUGUCACAGAAGACAUCAGGGCAUGAAUGAGCUGACAGUAUGCCACUUCUUUCUUUCAGUUCUUUCUAAUUGGCAUUUUUCAUUUGAUUACAAAGCUAAAUUAGUUAUCAAGGCUUUCUUCAGAGAAAACACCCUUCUCCCCGUUGUGUUUUCAUGCCCUGAGAAACAGAAAACUACAACAGAACAGGGAAAGAUUUAUCGUCAUCGGAAGAUUUGUGUUUUGCAAACAGUGUUAAGUGAUAUUGCUAGAUUGGAAAUAUUUUUUUCAGCCUAAAACUCUAUUGAAAUCUGUGAUCAAAAUGUUUUAAACUAUCCGAAAAGAAAAUUUGUAUAUUUGGGAAAAAAUGGAUUUUUACAUAGCUUUUGUAUGCAGAUAUUAAAUUGUAAUUAUGACUAUCGCGGGCGUAGAUAAACUCAUAAGCUACAAUUCUAAAAAAGAAAAAAGAAAAAGCUUAUAACGGACAUAA